AUGAGCAAACCCAGUAGCAUUUUUGAGAUCCAAAAGAGAGUGAAUUUCAACAUUAAUUACUUCAGCUCUAACUACAUACUCAUCAUAGCCAUCAUCUCAUGUUACUGCAUUUUGACAAACUUGCUCCUAUUUUUCAUUAUUGCCGCAGAUGCCGCAGUCAUAUAUGCUGUACAAACAGUCUUCAAACACUCGGAAGAAAUCCAGUUUGCCGGCUUCAAGUUGACCAAAUCCGGUGUUUACUUUACGUUGCUAUUUAUCAAUCUGCCAGUUCUAUUCGUUGCAAAUCCUUUCACUACUUUGAUCUGGCUUGCUAGUGUUAGUGCAGUGGUAAUUGUACCACAUGCUGUAUUCUUGGAUAAACCAGUGAACGCGGAAGUCGCGGUAUUAGUUUGA